AUGAUCGACAUAUUCACCGACGGCAGCUGCAUCGGGAACCCCGGUCCCGGCGGUUGGGCCGCGAUCAUCGUCGAGAACGGUGGGUCACGCAAGGUCCACGGGAGCGACGAGAACACCACGAACAACCGGAUGGAGGUCCUUGCCGCCAUCCAGGGCAUCGAGGCCACUCCCUCCGGCGUCGACGUGCGCGUCCACAGCGACAGCUCAUACCUCAUCAACACCAUGACGAAGGGCUGGAAGCGCAACAAGAAUCAGGACCUGUGGGCCAGACUCGACUUCGAGGUCGCCAAGCGAAACGUCCAGUGGAAUUGGGUCAAGGGCCACGCCGGUCACCCGCUCAACGAAAAGGCCGACCGCAUCGCCAACGCAGAGGCCGCGGCGAACCGGUCAACGACCCACCACAGCCUUCGCCGGGACAAAAACUCUCCCACGUCGACGCCUCCGGCAAGGCCCAGAUGGUCGACGUAG